AUGUCUCAUCCCCAUCAGAGAAAUAUUCUUUUCCAUCCCUGCAGUGACUGGAGACUUAGGAGCGUUGGGUGGAAUUCAUCUUCUGACUUUCCUUCAGCCCCUGCUUGCAUAAAUCCUCUGGACGGAGAAUUUGCUGCAUCAGAGACCCCAGCUCCAAUUCAUGCUCUUCCUAUCACCAUGAAGGCUCCCCUCUUUCUCUACAUCCUCUUUGCUCUCCUAGAUCUGGGUGCCUGUCUGCAGUGUGAGGUUUGCACUGGCUUUGGCAGGAACUGCACGGGCAGCAUGGAGACCUGCAGUUCUGGAGAAGAUUCCUGUGCCAUCACUGUGUUUGAAAGCCUAAUAGUGGGAUUCAAUAUACAGCAGGUAACCAAGUCCUGCAUGGCAUCCAGUGAGUGCAGAGCUAGCCCUGUUGUUGUGAGGUUUGGGGAGGAAACAGCAAUAAGGAAGAGCACCACCUGUUGUGUGGGGGAUGCCUGCAGUACAGACUCCAUUACAAUGCCCCCAGCAGACACAACCUCAAAUGGCUGGCGUUGCCCUGCCUGCUCUUCUGUGUUUAUUCCAUGCAGCGAAGAGACGUUAGACUGCACUGGAUCUGAGACCCAAUGCAUCGCAGUAACCGGAAGCAUAGCAAUGGGUUCGUUUCCUUUACAGGCCACUUUGAAGGGUUGCGCCACUGAAUCCAUGUGCACCCUUUUAAAAGGAGAUUCAAAGACCUUCGGAGACAACAUACAGAUAACCACAGCCACAUGCAGGCUAGCCCCUGGCAGGUCUGAACUGACUAAGGGACCAGGCCUGGGUGCAAGUGGCACAGCUAAGGGACCAGCCCCUACUGUAACCAGCCGGAUUAAGGGUCCAGCCCCCAGCGCAAGUGGCACAGCUAAGGGACUAGCCCCUGGUGCAGCCAGCCCAACUAGGGGUGCAGCCCCUUUUGCGGCUGGCAUGACUCCAAGACCAUCUGGGCUUCUCGUCCUCCCAGUCCUCACAGGGUUAUUCCUGGUGAAGCUCCUCCCUUGAUCCCCACAUUAUGCACUGGCGACACUGCACUGAGUAACACCUGUUCAGCUUGCAUUUGCCUUUCUCAGCUGCUGCUUUUCCAUUCC